GGGGUCCGUCCGGACCUUGGCGAUGCAAGCUCGGUACCAUUUUACAUUCGAUUAUUAAACCUACAGACAAACCUCCCAUCUAGCGUCAAUAACUCACGCAAUUUUAAAUUGCAUGCAAAGUAAUGUAGGGCAGAAGCUGCAUUUUUUUUUUUUUUUUUUUUUUAAAUGCUAAGACAUGAAAGUGACCCUAAUAGAAGAGGAUGGAGGUGACUCAUGACUGACUGCUCUUUGAUUUUAUUUCCACAACAUGAGGAGAUUGGAUAUGACAGAUCAAAGUUCACCAGUAUGAUUGGCGCAUCCAGUGUCUCGGGGGACACGCUGAUUGCGUGCCAUUUCCCGCUGCUUCCACUUCCCGCCUGGCAACUUCCCGUCCAGGCCCUGUGCGGCUCAGCCAGGAGGCCCGGUUUCUCGGGUCUGCCCCGGGCGGCGUCCCUCCCGGAGCAAGACAAGAUCAACCAGGAGCAUCCCAUCGCUAUUCAUCAGAAGCAGUUUUCCAACAGUUUUGGUAGCCUCAACGAGGAUCGAGGCGAGGAGGAGGAAGAGGAUGCCACCAGCGAUUGCAUCUCCGCCUCAUCGCCAGAAGAAACUAAAAAGGAACGAGCACGAGGAAGUCUGCACUCGCAUAACUCGUUCCUUCCCAAUCCGGACCUGGAUGAGGACGACGAGGACAGCGAUGGGGACAACCUUCACAAAUACCUUGAGGAUUCAUCUUUUGUGUUGCACGGGACUUCCAACUGGCACAACAGCACUGAUGAUGAUGAAGAUGAGGCGACCCACAGGAACGUGGACUGGGGCCAUGACGACUUACUUCAAGCUCACAACAAACACGAGUCUCCCUCAGAGAUGUUCCGCAAUAGCUGUGCCAGUGACUCAUCUUGCGGGAGCUCCGAUGGGGUCCUGGUGAACUUCGGCACCAUGUACAACCACAGCAACAACCCCGCCGUGCCUCACGACCUCAGCGGCCCGGCGGUUCGCCCAUCUCCAUCCCCCGAGGGUUCCAUAUUCCUCAACCUCCGACCUCUUCCGAACGAGCGCGAUGCCAGUCCCCUGGAAGAGGAGCUUUUUACAUCUCGCUGGUCAACUCAAGAUCUCGACUCAAACCGUCCCCCAUACGAGCAUCGAUCUUCUCUCGAGGUGUCCGACCUGGCUACCCAAGCCGCACUGGUCACCGGGACUAAUCAGACAUACUACAAACUCGUGACUUGUGAUCUUUCACCCAACGCAACCUGGUCCAACUUUGCUGGCUGUCUUGAGGAUGAAAGCGUCAGCAGCCCCGAGAUCCACUUUGUCGGGCCGAAGACAAGCGGACAAGAACAUACGGCAAUUGAAGAUCAACGGAGAGAAGAUUCUCUAGACCCGGAUUUUCAGCUUGCCAGCACUUCCAACGAGAAAUCCUCCUCCGGGGUGAAAAAGCACUUCCAGAACUUGCCGUGUUUUCUUUGUUUCAACCAUAGCUGUUCGUGCCAGGUCACAAAUCAGACAAGCACCCAGGAACAUUCGUCCUCAAACCAGGAACAAUGUACAAGUUUGAUGUGCUCCAUCAAACCACAGAGGCCAACAUCUCUACCAAUCCAGCCCAUGGUGCUUGGUCCCGGUGACAAUGGUUCCACCAAGGCCCAGCAACUGGGUUGUCUGGUUGAACAAUAUAUAAAACAAAAAACCAACAAGUCCCAGCUGGGCUUCAAGCCGAAUCCAAAGCUGUCAUCAGCAAAUUCGUCUAUCUUCAUGGAGGCGUGUUCCAGCUCUGACACUUGUUCCACUUGUACUCCGAGCCCAGGCGGCAUCAACCGCAGAAAUAUAUACUUUCAGGGCCACCGUAGUCCAAGAACCUCCAAAACAAUCACUCAGACUGACUCAAAGCUCAAUCAGAACAGAACCAGCCCACAAACUGGUCCAGAAUUGUUUCCAGGUCACUGUCAGCCCAAGUUUAUGCGAAUUCCAACCUACCAGGAUCUCAUAAGCCUCACAACCCCCAAGGAGAAUCACCAAAGUCCCGCUCGGUCCCACGACCAGAACUUCUUUGAGUCCAUCUUCUCUGAUUCCAUCGCCCAAACCAACAACCCUUAUCAAGCAACGCCUCUCCCACAGAGCCCUCAAGCUCAAGGCUUUAGUUUCACAGCUACCUUCUCCUCCAUGGGCCCUCUUUCAUCUUUGGGUUCCCUGCUCUCAUUCGCUGAUCCUGCUCGGCAACAUCUGCAAACCCAACGUGACGAACCUCUGCUCCUGAGCGACAGGGCCCCGACGGAUCUCUCGCCUGACACUUCUUAUGAGUCUCUGUCCAUCAGUCAUCUCCAGAGAAGAGGUUUGCUAAGGUCUGUAAGCAGGGCUGUGGACCUCAUCAUAGCUCAUUUUGGCAACAGCAGAGAUCCAGAAGAAAAGAUGCGUUUAGGUAACAGCUAUCUGAGUGCCAUGAUGGCCAGUCUGGUUCUGGAUCACCUGUGUCCAGCCAUCCAGAAUAUUCUAGAAGAUGGCCUCAGAGAUCACAAAUUAGACCUUGUCAUUGGUCAGCGUCGUAACUCUUCCUGGACCGUAGUGGAAGUCUCUACCAAAGCUGGUCCACCCACCAAGGUUCUCUACAGCCUGGUCUGCAAAAUCAUCAAGUGUCCACAGCUUAACAGCCACAGUAUGAGGCUGAAGGCCUUCAUCAUGGGCUUGCUGAACUUGAGAGCUUUGGAAUUCUGGCUCAGUCACCUCUACAGUCAAAGAAAUGUGGUGACUUCCCACUACCACGGUUGGGGCUUCCUGUCCAUGUCACUGGGUCGAUGUCGGCCUUUAUUUCAGGAGCUUCUGCUUCUCCUGCAGCCUCUUUCCGUCUUGCCCUUUGACCUCGACUUAUUGCUGGAGCCCAGGUUGUUUCAAAACGGACAAGCAUGCGUUUCCCUUACUCCGCUCUUCGCAGGAUUCUCAGGCCACCAGACCGAAGAUAAUUCUCAGAAUGCAUCUUUUAAAGUGAAGACAUGUGAAGUGAUGCAGUUUAACAGGAGACAGGUGCUUUUAGCUUCUGAUCCAGAAUGGAGGAACUCUGGAGAAGGUGAGGUGGAAGAGACUGGCUCCAGCCAGAUUUCCCUUGAUGGUGGACCCUUAGUUAGUCUGGAUGGCGGGAAAAUGAAAGACAAUGAAACCACUGAUGGUGCUCAGGUUGAGAGACCCGGCCCGGGUGGCCUGCGCUGGGCCAAACUUUUUGGAGCUUCCAGAAGGCUGCAGACAACUUCUCAGAGUCAAGUCAAAGGGUCCCAUCGUCCAUCGCAGUGGCUCCAUCUGGACAGAUCACACCUUGGACUCUUGACUCAAUCCAUCAGGUCAUUGAAGCUUUGAGGCAGUCAGUCUGAAAGACGUUUUCCAUAAAAGGAAACAGAAAACUGAUGUGCAGUCUACAGUUAAGAACACAACACUCUGCCGCACUAAUCACAGAGAACACGAAUAACAAGAUUAACAGCUUUGGCAGCCUCACUCAGCAAACAUUGGCUGCACUUAAAUCCAAGCUAAGCCCCAGUUAUUAAAAAAUUCAUUCCAUUUUUAUGUCAUAUCUUUUGAAAGUAGACUGAUAAACCUCAUGACAUGAAUUCAAGUAUUUUCAGGAUUUAAAAAACUGUCAUUUUCUCUAUCAUGUGGCUUUAGGACAUACUACUCACCAGGCAAGGUUAGUCACAAUCAUGUGUCAGUGGAAGUGAUGACACUAAUGUCAACUAAGACGCUUUCACUAUGAUUCAGAGUUGCUUUUUUUCUGUCAACCAUUUCCUUGUUUAGACAGCUCAGUCAUCUAAUCUCUUGUUUAUGUCAGGUUCUUUUUGAAUGAGCCAAAAUCAAUAUAAACAACGUGAAAAAGAAGAGAACAUGCUCAUGCUAAAAAUGAAUGAAUUAUUAAUGCGGGCCUAUUUUUUUGGAAUACUUUAUUAAUAUGUUUUUGUCACAACAGUUGAAUAAUUCAUUUGAUACGCUUCAGUUGCUUUGAACGGAUGUGCUAAUCAAAAUUAGUUACAGUUGGCCAGUUUCGGAAUACACUCAAUGGAAGCGCCGAUGCUAAUGCUAACAAAUGUACUUUAGGUACAUUUCAGUCAGACAUUUAUGUAACAACUUGAUUCCUCGUCGUAGCAGGGCAAUCGUCUGAUGAAACUAUUGUUUAUAUUGGUGUUAAGUGUUGCCGUAAUAGUCCUCGUAACUCGCUUUUACACAUAUUUGUUACUGUUUAAGAGAAACCUGUGCAUGUUUUUCUUCCAUAUUUGCAUGAUAUUGCAAACUUAAAUUUAGUAUGACAGUAAAAGAAGAUGGCCUAAUCUGAUACUGUAUGUUUUUGUAGAUAAAUUCUAAAGGUGGGUGGAAA